AUGGUGUCAAUCGAGAAUCCUUUUCCCCGCCUUCGCAAGGUCCACAGGCACAAUGUCGAAACCUUUACUUCAGCACCUCUUUCAGAGCUCUCAGGAUCGCUGGGCGAUCUUGGGACACUCUUACCGCUCAUGACGGCCCUUGUCAUCACCAGAUCGAUUUCCCUACCUGCGACGCUCCUCUUCACAGGAGCUGCCAAUAUAUUGACAGGAGUCGCAUUCGGGAUCCCGCUACCGGUGCAGCCCAUGAAGGCGAUAGCGGCGGUAGCCAUUGCGAGGAAGUUCACGCUGGAAGAGAACGCCGCAGCUGGCAUAGUGGUCGCCUCUUUAGUCGGCGUACUAAGUAUUACCGGCCUGAUCAACUACGUCAACAAACUCACUCCUACUCCGGUGGUCAAAGGAAUCCAAGUUGGUGCCGGUCUGUCCCUGUGUAUCAGCGCAGGGACUAAGAUGCUUGUACCGCUCAGCUGGACAGGUCCCUGGUGGGGCGACAAUCUCCUAUGGGCCAUUGCAGCAGUAAUUCUCUUGCUCUUGACAUUCCCAUACCCUAGAUUACCAUACACCUUGAUCAUCUUUGCAGUCGGCAUUAUCCUCUCCAUUUUAUCUCCGGCGAGCAACACGUCAACUCCAGCUAUAAUCGACAUUCCAGUCCUCCAUCCAUCAGGUAAGGACUUCUGGAAAGCUACCACGACGGCUUCUCUAGGCCAACUCCCUCUCACGUUGCUCAACUCCGUCAUCGCGGCCGCGGCACUAGCCUCCGAUCUUUUGCCCUCGCCGCCUUAUCCAGCUGCUCCAACGGUAACCGAACUGGGUAUCUCCGUGGCUGCAAUCAACCUUGUAGCAUGUUGGUUUGGAGGCAUGCCGACUUGCCACGGCUCAGGUGGUCUCGCCGGCCAAUAUCGCUUCGGUGCGCGCAGCGGCGCCAGCAUCGUUCUUCUCGGCGCUCUGAAGUUCGUCCUCGGCAUCAUCGCGUUCUUCCAGCCCGGCCCCAUCGUCAGUGUCCUCUCUGGCAUCCCCAGCUCGCUUCUCGGUGUGCUCAUCCUCGCGGCUGGACUCGAGCUGGCGAAAGUCGGUGAGAGCGUGAAUACGGAUGCUCGGGAUCUGCGCGUGUUGGACGUGAACAACUCGUGGGACGGCAAGAGGUUGAAAGAGCUCGGAGAGACCGAGAGGAAGGAGAGAUUCAUGGUGAUGCUAGUCACGGUAGCGACGCUGUUAGCCUUCAAGAACGAUGCUGUGGGUUUCGUUGCCGGACUGGUGUGGCACUUGGGAUUCAAGGCUGCUGGAAGAGUGGGAGAGUGGCAGGAUCGUCGCGAUGGUAGACCCUUUUGGAGGUCGGUUCGUCAUCGGCACGAGGAAAGCACUGGGCUUCUGGCCCACGAAGAGCAUGACAGGGUGGCUUGA